UCGUGUUGGAAGAUAGCCGCACGCGUUUUAGUGCAAUCCCGUCCCGAGCGUUGAAAAAAAUAAAAACAAGCAAAUCUGCCGCUUAGAAUUAAAGAUGCUGGAAAAUAUGGUGCUGUUUUUUUGUUUAUUUAUUCAUUGCACCAAGUCUUGGCGACUGUAAAUCUUAAUAUAUAUGAAAAACCAAGUGAUGUCUUUGUUUUUCUUCAUCAUUGACUGUCUGUUCACUGUGGCUGAUGAGGCAGUUGUUGUGUGAGUGCGUGUGAGUAAAUAUUGUUGUAGAAAGGAAACGAAAAGGACAGUCGUGUUGUCCGUAAGGGAAUGACAGGAUUUUCUGCCUGGAUCUGGCAUCCUACGGGAACGGAAUAUCGUCCCAUCAGCAGAGUGACAGCGGGCUAGCGGUUUCCGAUCCGACCCGGUCCAAAGAGAUGACGGCCAUCAAUUCGGGGAUGCACGAGGUGCCGGGGGUGCGGCUGCCACUUCAAACGAGCUACGCUUCACCGAGCCACCACGCCGUGUUCAUGUACAGCACGACUGGGGGCACGGAGGGUAGCGUGACCCUUCAGCUGCGAGACACAGAUGACCUGGAUGACAAAAGCGGCCUAGCAUCCGUGCUGGCCCGCCUCCAGCAGGAGGACGCCACCCUCAGCAUCAGUUACCAGGACAGUGAGAUGCUCACCGAGGGCAGUAUCGACGUCCUACUCGGCACAGGUUCUCUGCACACCACCGGCAAUGGGGGCAACUCCGCGACCUUUGACCUGUUCGAUUCCGAGAGUGGUCAAGACCUCACGCUGUCCCCGCAGACAUUCACCAGCUCUACCGAGGCUUUCAUCAAUGACAACUCUGACAGCCUUGGCGUGCCUGGAGACGCCGACACAGUGGGCAGUACGGAGGAUGUGAAGGGAGUGGCAGAUUCCAGCAAAUUAGCAGUCAAGAAAUCUCGGCCUAAGGCUUCGUCCCCAAACCGUCAGGGACCUCAGCAGUGUCAGGUGUGUGGGAAGGUGUUCGGAAACGCUUCUGCACUCGCCAAGCACAAGCUGACUCACAGCGACGAACGGAAAUACGUAUGCAGCAUGUGCGGGAAGGCGUUCAAACGGCAGGAUCACCUAAAUGGUCACAUGUUGACACAUCGCAACAAGAAACCGUAUGAGUGUAAGGCAGAAGGCUGUGGAAAAUCGUACUGUGAUGCAAGGUCGUUACGGCGCCACACAGAGAAUCACCACACCAACAAUUCCGCACAGGCAGCUGUCACAGCGUCAACCAGUACGUCAGGAUCAGGUAGCACCGGCAGUUCAGAUGAUGCGUCACCACUAGGCUCAUCAUGUAUCCACUAUGCACCACCUCCACAGCCCCAACAACAGACGCCAACAGCACCACCGCCCCCAUAUCCUGCAACAUCUUCUCCAUCCACCACCACCACCGCUGCCGCUACAGCCACUAGUAGUAGUAGCGGUUCGGGGGGCAGUGGUACAAAACAGGCCCCCAGCCAGUUGCAACAGUUGUUAGCAAGUGAACCAGCAUCGGCGACUUCAGUCAACACCGCAACUUCCAGUAAGGCUUCCAGCAGCACCCAACCUGUAAACAAUGACGGCCUAACGAAACAGCAGCUGCACAUCAUCCACCAGAUCAUGCAACAGUCCCAACAGCAAGCAGCCGCGCACCAGAAACAACAGCAAAACAGCAACAGCCCCACGAAAAACAGCGUCGCCUCCAACAACACAACAAGCAGCGUCAAGACGGUGACGUCGAAUAAUAAGUCCAGGACGUGGACUGUGCAGAGUUCAACCGUCGGUGCUGGCAACAAGACGAAUGGGGUCAGCAACGGGCAAUCCCAGACUGGCGGUAGCGUCAACAGCGUCGGUUCAGCGAAACAGCAACAGUCUCAGCAACAACAAACACAACAGCAACAACAGCAGCAACAACAAUCGCAACAGCAAGACCCCAAACCUGUUGAAUGCAAUCUGUGCCAUAGGAAGUUUAAGAAUAUUCCAGCUCUGAACGGGCAUAUGCGCUUACAUGGCGGCUACUUCAAGAAGGACUCGGAAUCCAAGAAGUGUGAGAAGAAGGAAGUAUCGGGGCCCCCCUUGCAGACUGCCAGCAUGAGUGUACGUGCCCUUAUAGAAGAGAAAAUUAUUCAGAAGCGCAUCACCAACCCUCAGCUACAGACAACCCUUAGCCAGCAGCAGCAGCAACAACAACAACAGCAACAACAACAACAACAACAACAACAACAACAACAACAACAACAGCAGCAGCAGCAGUCAUCACAGCAGCAACAGACACACCUAACUUAUACAAGUUCCGACACAACCAGUGGUUCCCGUGUGGGGGGUGCACCUCCACAGUACCCCAGCACACCUCCAACACCAGGGAGUAAGGAGCCUGAUAUGAACAUCAAGCUUUCAUCCUUUGUGGUGCCAGCUCCUCCUGUGCAAUCACAGACAGUUCAGCAACAACAGCAACAGCAGCAGUCGGCAGGUGAGAAGAUGCGCCGACAUUCGGACUCUGAACACUUUGUCUCUCCACGGGCUCCAGCUGACGUUCAGCAGGAAGCGGUGGCUUUGGCUGAGCUGCUCCUCAAACGUGGUGGCAAGGACAAUCUGCCGUUAUGGUUGCCACCUCUCAUGCAAUCUCAACCCCAGUGGCGUGCGCUGGUCAGCAGGUCAGGGGAUUCUAUUUGGAGACCAAGAAGCAACAGAGGACAUGAUGAGGUGGCAGUGAAGAGAGCAAGCUCUGACCCUGGUGCACGACAUGGCUCCAACUCAAGCAGUGCAAGCCCCAGCCCACAGCCUACCAUGCCUACAACACAGCAGCAACAGCAGCAGCAGCUACAGCUGAAUUUUCAGGGGGAUAGCUACUCUCUGGCUGGUGUGACAUACCAAACCACAGAAGAUGGUGGUGGCUACUUCUCCCCCAGCCUCCAGGAGGAUAUGUUCCAGCAGGUAUCAGUGCAGGAUACGAUGCUGCUACACGGAGUUGACGCAGCGCAGCUUGCAGAGACCAUACAAUUUCAGGCAGCCUCUCUGUUGCAAGACCAGGCCACAGCAGAGCAGCUUCAGGACAUUGCAUCACUUGAGGACUACCAGACAGCAACAGCUGGACUCCAGGACAGUGUCCAGAGCCCACAGUACAACACACAGAACCACCAUGCUGUGUCUCAAGAUUUUCAAGCUGUUCUGGACUCAUCUCUGCCUGCUGGACUGGCUGACUUCAGUACAUAUGGACAGCCAGCUGUUGUAACUUCAAACUCUGAUAUAAGAACUGCAUUGCCAUCUCCUGUAUCCAAGGACCCAUCAGGUGGUUACCAGACAACACAGUCACCACACCAGCAGGGAUUUGCUAAUUCACCUCAUGCCACCCUGACAGUACAGUCACCUCUGCCAUCACCACUGACACAUCAGGAUUCACCUGGCUUUACAUACCCCACCCCACCGGCUAGCCAGGAAGGGCAGUCACCGUCAUUUGUCCAUGGCACAAUCAUGACAAGCACACUUCCCUUGUCUUCACCACAGCAGCAGUCUGGGGCAACUGAUAGCUUUGUGCAGUCGGUGAUCUCGCAUGGGGGUGGCCAUGUACCACCAGCAUCAUCCCCGCUCUCUGCAGCGUUCUACACUGCCGCCAUGUCUAGUUCUGCAGCUGUGGAAGCCGCACUGUCUGAAGUUCUGCCCGUGGAAACUCAGGGAGGGUGUGUAGUGAGCAGUCAUCUCCGUUCUCCUCAUGGGUUCAGUCUUUAUGGAACAUUAGCCAAUCCAUCUCCACCCCCUCAAUCCCCACUGUCCACAACACCAGUUCCUUCUCCCCUCUCUCUCUCCAGUGUGCCUGCAUCCUCUUCAUCUGUGUCAUCACCUCUACCUCCUGUGACCUUUGCCCCUGCACAGGGGCAGGUCACAUUCCCCCUCUCUCCACAUCAGUCUCUUCAGUCACAAAUGAUGCCAAAUUCGGAGGACCCUCUCCUCUCUAGUAGUCCCAAGGACUUUGGAAGCAGAAAGAAGUUUGACUUCGGAGGGAUACAUUCAUUCAAGCUUGUUGGAAAUGGAAUGGUUGAUUUUGGAGUUGGAAAUUCAGGACUUACAGGAAUCGUAGUGGACAGUAAUGGGGAACUGAAAUUCUUUCAGACAUCAAACCACCAUCCAGCUAAAAGUUUGGUUGUAACAGGGAGUACAGGUGCUAAUGCGACAGUGAUGAUGGGGAGUAGCACAUCUGCGUUCCAGAACAAGAAGAAUGAGCCUGAUGGAGGAAAGAAAGGACUAUCAGGCAAAGGCACUAACACACAUCAUACCUCACACUUCCAUCACCAUCACCACAGCAGCAGCGCCGUACGUAGCCAGCGACCGAAACUGCAGGUGGCACUAGAUAACUUCAAGGAGGAUGGGGAUGAUGAUGUGUUCCUCAGCCCCACUAGCAUCCCCGCAAGUCCAAUACGUGUGCAACGUAAAAGGCCACGGCCUGAACCUCUCUGUAUACCCCCCCACCAUCAUCCUAUGUUCCAGUCACGCCUGCGCUCUUCUCGGCUGUGCACUUCCUCUCCUCCCCCACCAUACACACCUCCACCUAUGCUGAGUCCAGCCAGAAAUGGACAGGGAUUGUUCUGGCAAGCUGUCACUCCCACCACAACAGCCUCAAGUACUCCUGCUAGCUCCACAGUGGCUUGGCCUAGCUCGACCACACUCACUCACUGCAAGAAUGGCAGUGGUGGUGAGUCAUCUGGUUCAGAUGAGAGCCACCGAGGUCCAAGUAACAACCUGGACUCUGCCCCAGAGUCAGAUGCUACACCUCACAUGAACAUUGGACCAGAAUUCCAGUGCAGUAUACCAAAGUGGAAUCCUGACAGAGAAAAGGCUAAUAGGGAGCCUUCUUAUGAACAUCUGCUAUGGGACCCGGGCAUCAGCAAGUUCUGUACAGAUGCUGAAGUUGAAAUGUACCUAGAAUUUGCAUGCUGUGCAGCGGUGCCUGGUGGGGGUCGCAACAAAGAGUAUGCUCUCCAUCUGCUGCAUAUGUGUCAUGGAAACAUUCAUGAAGCGAUGUUGAAGCUGAUGCAACCAACACCAACUCUGCCACCUGGUCAUCCACUGCUUGCCUAUGAAUACACAGAGAGUGACCGAUGGAGUGCAGAGGAAAUGGACGCAUUCCACCAAGGGCUGCUGAAGUAUGACAAGGACUUCCACAGUGUGGCAGAGGAGAUUGGCUCGAAGACAGUGAAGCAAUGUAUCCAAUUCUAUUACUUAUGGAAGAAAGUGUGCCCAGAUGAGUACAAGCGACUACGUCUAAUUCGUCGACGACAGAACGCUGAUUAUGGUUCACGUACUGAUGUAGACUAUGAAGACAUCAAGAUGGAAGACUCACAUAUUCCUGCCAAUGACGUGGAAUUGGUAUCAACCAGUUCAGAGAGCCGACUCUUCGUGUGUGAAUAUCCAGACUGCUCAGCUAGCUUUAACUCCCGUGCUGCACUGAAUGGCCACAUACGAAUUCAUGGUGGGGGUGUGUGUGGACGUUCUCCCACCCCUGACAAGCGUCCAGCUGCUGCAACCCCUCCCACGCUUGGAGAUAUUAUUGAGGAAUUUCCAUGCAAGAUUUGUGGGAAAGUUUUUAACAAAGUGAAAAGCCGUAGUGCUCAUAUGAAGUCGCACCGCCCCCCAGAUGCUGAGCCAAAGAAAGCCAAGCUGGAUCCUCACAAGAUGGAGGCAGCAGAGCAAACUCUGGGACGAGCCAUGGGUGUGAGUACAACCAUUGGUCGGCACACCUGAGCACUUUCUUCCAGUUAUCAUCUUCUACCUGUCGUAGUACUAUAGGAUGACAUAACCUAAACUGUGCCAUGGGUGAUAUACCAGACUGUAAAGCUGAAGAUGUGCCAUAAAAUGACACAAAGAAUUGUGCCAGAGAAGUAGAAACCUUUGAUAAUCACAUCCAGUGCCAUAAAAAUGGCUGAAAUUCAUCCAGCAGGAGCAGUUCAUGGAACCAGUAUGCAAACUUGGAACAACUGGCAGGCUAGAAGUAGCAGUUCUGUAGCAAAGGUUGAUGAUCUACAAUUCCAUAUGGCACUUACGUCAUUAUGUCAUAAAGAUUGCACCUCAAGCUGUGCGUGUUUUUUUAACUGUGCUCAAUGAAAUAUAGCCUCUCUACUUUUGUUGCUCAUCUUCCUCUUCUUCUCAACUUCAUCAUUUUAAUUUUCUCUUCUCAGAAUGAACAAAGUACAACUGUUCUUGCCAGAAUAUGACAGAUUCUUGUUUUAUACAGUUGCCCUCUCUGUUUAUAUCUUCCAUCAAAGUGUUAGCCAGCAGUUUCUCAAGAAAAGUCCAUCAUAAAUACCAUAGAGUGAAGUGGAGUGAUCCUCUGAACAUGCCUACUGUAUAGACUCUCAAAUGCGAGAGCUGUGGAGUCCUCAGUAUGCUGCAGACAUGAAUCUCUGCCAGAGUCUCUUUGCAAGGUGCAACAAAGCCCUGAUUGACAGUAUUAUCUUUCAAACAGAUGUGUAGAAUAGUGUUUGGUUCUAAUCCACAUGUUUUGCUGUCUUUGUUUUUUAAAUAAUUAUUUCUAGCUAGAUUUUUGUAUAAAGCCGUCGUUAUGUUGUUAGCUAUGUACAUUAGACUAUGAUUGCAUAUGUGUACACACAUAAUACAUUUUUGUUAUACCAAUACCAAAGUGCAGAGCAUACUAAGUAUAGUGUAAAGUAAAGUGCCUUGUGACUGGGUAAAAGUUGAAAGUUACCCGGAUCCAAACUGCUACUCAAAAUAUGAGUUGGGUCAAGUCAAGUGGAGGUGAAAUGAUGAGAUGAUUGGCGCAGCAGCGGACAGACAAGGUGCAAGGAAGCAAUACAUUACACACAGGGUAGGGUCAAUAUAAUGUUCUCAUAAAACAGCAUUAAUAUUGAUGAGUGUACAUUGUUGAUAACAAAACAUAUUUCUUAUAUAUGGAAAAAUGUAUAUAUAUACAUAUAUAUAUUUAACAAAGUCUGUUUAUCAAACCUGGACUGCAAAUAAUUUUGAAAUAAAGCUGAACACAGUUUUCAGUAUCAAAAAUUUCCUAAUACUGAAAGUGUGUACAUCUUUGCAGCAGUGUUUUCCAUUAUUCUGCUAUGCCAUUCUGUAAAAUUCUGUAAUUCUUUCAGCACUGUGAUGCAUUGCUCUGUGAGCACAUCACAUAACUUCUGCACUGAAACUACAGCUGUAUGUUUAGUCUAAUGAAGCAAGUACUCUCAUCAGAUGGCAAAAGCAUGUGUUCUUGUUGGAGUUCAGCUUACUUAGUAUAAUUAUGUUCCACAUAAUGAUGGGACCGUAUCAACUGCCAAUGUUAUUUAUAAUUGGAGGUUAUGUUGUUGGACUUUUCCUGGUAUUUAAAAUAGCUUAUUCAUAAGAAUAAGCACAAACUAUUAUAUUAAAACUAAAGCUUUUUCUUUUAAUAUUUUCUCUUGAUGGAAAAUACACCACAGUUUGAAAUAACUUAUUCAGUUAUUUAAAAGAUCUAUUUGCUAUUUUUCCAUGUUAUAAUAAGCAGUCUGUUUUACAGUAAUGAACCAUUUAAAAUGUACACUUUCAGUAUAUUCAGCAAAACAUAAUUUCAGGUGUUUCCAUGUUAGUGCAUGAGUGGCUUCUAAUAGUGCUUCCACCAGUAGCCUUCUGAAUUUACCAUGUAUAAUCAUUGUAUCCCUUUAUACAAACAUACAAGAUGACUAAUAUUUCUGUAGUAAUGUAAUAUGUUUUAAGCUGUGAAACUAAACCAGCAUAUCUACGGAUUUUAUAUCCUGUGUGAAUCUACCAUUAAUUUAAUAGCUGUUAUUGUAAUAUAACAUUGUUGACUCAUGACUGAAAAAGCUGAGCUGAGACAUACAUGUUGAAAAGUGCACAUGAAAGUAGCAGGAGAAUACAGAAACAGCUAUGUUUUACCAGCAGACAAGCAGGCAGUAUAUACUUCUCCUUUUACAAUUAACACAACGUCUCUCUUCCUAAUCUUCAUUACAUGCAGUCUUCCUCACUCUUCACUCUUUAACUUCUGUUACUUGUUCUGUACCAGUUUUUCACUUGUUCUCAGGUCUCCAAAUUUUUGUCUUUUUGCAGGAGACCAGUUCAGCACUUUAUUUGAUCGUUUCGGACAAGGCAGCUCUCAGAAAUUUCCCUAAUCUCUUUCUCUUUUUAACUUAAUAGGUCACAUCUCCCAUUAUUCAUACAAUGAGGUACAUGUCUGUACUUUUCAAAUUUUUCAGUUUAAAUGUGUUGGAGCUUUGAUGAUAAAAUUCAAUCUCAGGGGCUUUCAAACAACUUUCAUAAAUGUAAACAUCUUUUACAUUGUGAGAAAUGACUUACUAUUGCAGACAAUGACUCUGACAAAAGACAGACCUGUCCCCUUGUCAGAGAGGGCACCCCACAAUAACAAGACUCGAACUAUUAAACAUUAAUAAAUAUCUGGUCAUGAGCGCCAAAUGGGGUUCGACACUAAGCCUGACUGACUGAGUGACUGACUGACCAUCAGUUACAAUGUGACUUUGACUUUGACUUGAGACCAGUCAGUUCUUAGCGUAACUCUGAGUACAGCAGAAGCAAGCUCUCAUCCAACAAAGGGAAUAAAAGACUUCACCAAGGUUAGUGGUGCAAGAAGUAACUAUAACAGAGUUGUAAAAAACGUCUGACAAUGCUGUAAGUGUAUGAUAAUAGUACUUGUGUGCUCAAUAAAUAUUCACUGAAUCUGAGACCCACAUGAAAUUAUUCGUUACGUUACCUAGGAGACAGAAGUAGGUUAUCAGGUAACACAUGACACUAUAUUGUACAUGAACCUGUUAAAAUACAGAAUUGUAUAUUUGAUCUUAUUUAUUCUACUGUCCUCCACUUCCACCCAUACAAUACUUUCCCAUCAGCUAUUCUUCAGUUGUAAGUAGUUGGUUCAGUGGGAGGUAAACUUCCAGUAACUUCCACAGUUGUUUGCAAA